UUGCACAAUUGAGCGAAGGUAAUCUCUUUUUGCUUUCAUGUUCGUAUUGGAUUUCUCACUCUUGAAUUUCAGAGCUUCAAUCACAGCGCGACAGUAUGAGUCGACUCCGCGAAGAGAAUCGGAACAUUCGGUCGGACUAUGAUGAACUUCAACUCACCUUUGACGAGGAAGUGUAUAACAGCGGCGGCUGGAAGAAGGAGAAGGAGCGGAUGGAAACCAAGAUCGGCGACAUCACCAAGGCAUACGAAGCUUCCACGGCCGCCCAGGCAGAACAACAGUCGCAGAUCGUGACGCUUCAUGGGCAGGUCCGAAAACUCCGAAGCAUGUUGGAUGAUGUUGAGGCUGACCGCGCUCUUUUGCAAAAAGCUCGUCGGGCUCUACAGGCUGAGCUUGAGGGAAUCAAGAUUGACCAUGUCGACACCAAUCGGAUGUCCACUGACAGAGAGUAUCAGAAGCUGCAGCUUAAGAAGCAGGACCUGGAGCGGGCACUGGAAGAACAAGGUGAUCGGGUGACCAACGCAUUCGAGAGGAUGAAGAAGGCGGAGGCAUUGGCAAAUGAGUUCCAGGUUAAGCUCAGCAAGAGUCGAGUGGAUUAUUCCGAACUUGAGCGAUUGAACGCGAAUCUUGAGAAGCAAGUGAAGGAACUCAAUGUGCGGAUCGUGGAUCUAGAAACCAGGGCGUUCGCAACAUCAUCACGGCCAUCGACUGUUUCAAGACGGGGAGCUGCCGACACGCGGAUUGAGGAACUGACCAGCCAACUCCAUCUGGCAUCCAACAAGAACGAGGCUUCGCGACUUUUGCGUGAUGCCAAGUUCCAGCAGGCUGAAAGCGAGAGGCUUCGGGUUAAAUUCGAAGAGGAGCGCAGAGGUUAUGAGGGUCAGAUUCAGCAGCUGCGGCAGGCGAUGGACACGAUGCAAACGCAAGAGAAUGACCUACAAUCUGCGAAACGGCGUGCUGAGAGAGAAGCUGGAGAUUUCAAACAGAAGGCGUUGACGCUACAACAUGAACUGGAGCGCUUGCGCAAUAAAUUAGACAGGCCGACAUCAGCACUAGGUUCACCGCUAAGUUCACCUCGUAAAUAACCAUGAUAACUUUUAUUCCCCUUUUGUUACAUACCACACGUCUUGUAUUUUACGCACUUGAGCAUCUUAUCUAUGUACAGGAAAAUGUAUUGUAUAAUGACGCGCUCGGAUACCAUCAUCCUAACGACUACUGCGUAGACAGCUUUGUCUCUCACGAGUAAUGACAUGUUGACUGCUUGCAAAACUGAAAGAUCACAACUAAGGG